UUCGUUGAGGUUGAAAGAGCGGAGGUGACAUUUGGUGACUGACGGAAUAACCUCUGAGCGGACGACGACGACGAUGAUGAUGAUGAUGAUGAUGAUGAUGGGGCGCGAGCACAGCGCCUGACGUGUCUCUCUCUUCAUCAUCAGCUGGCUGUAGUAAGGAGCUCGCGGUGGCAAUUUCUCGCGCUCUCUCAUUCCAGCUCGAGGGCUGUGCCAUGCGAGCUCGUGCGUCUUCGCGUGCCAACCUCGCGUGCGCUCGGAGAGUCAGACCCCGGCGAGAUGCGGGAAUUAUAACGAGAGCUCAGAUGUUUGGAGGUUCUCCACUGGAUUGUUGGUAAAUGUUCCUGCCCCACUCUCUGACGACCAUGCUUUAUUUCCAGCUGGUGAUCAUGGCGGGGACGGUCAUGCUGGCAUAUUACUUCGAGUACACGGACACGUUCAACGUGCACGUGCAGGGAUUCUUUUGCUACGAGACCGCGUACACGAAACCCUACCUCGGACCCGAGGACACGAGCGCCAUCCCGCCCGCCCUGUUGUACGCGGUGGUCACUGGAGUCCCCACACUGCUGAUCACCGUGACCGAAACGGUUUUGUUCUUGAUACAGUACACAUCAAAAGAUCUUGACAGUCGAGAGAAGACCAUCGUGACCGGGGACUGCUGUUACCUCAACCCAUUAGUGCGGAGGACUUUCCGUUUCCUUGGUGUAUACAUGUUUGGCCUUUUCACCACUGACAUCUUUGUGAACGCUGGUCAGGUGGUAACGGGGAACCUGGCCCCUCAUUUCCUGACAGUGUGCAAGCCCAACUAUACAGCUCUGGGUUGCCAGCAAGCUCUUCGCUACAUCAGCCAUCAGGAAGCCUGCACUGGCAACGAGGAAGACAUUCUACAUGCACGCAAGACCUUCCCUUCCAAAGAGGCAGCGCUCAGCGUGUACGCUGCUGUCUAUAUGGCGAUGUACAUCACAUUUACAGUGAAAGCCAAAGGAACUCGUCUGGCUAAACCAGUCAUGUCUUUGGGCCUGAUGUGCCUGGCUUUUCUAACUGGUAUUAACAGGGUGGCGGAAUAUCGUAAUCACUGGUCUGACGUCAUUGCCGGCUUUAUCAUCGGUGUGGCCAUCGCCACCUUUCUAGUGGUGUGUGUGGUUCAUAACUUCAAAGGCAAACAACUACUGAACGAGGAUCCCCCAGAGGACCACCUGAGCAGCAAUCCGAUGGUCAGCUCACCUAGGGUUGAGAGUCCGCUGGAGAAGUACAUCGCUUCACAGAAUCACAUCACCUUCGCUGAGAUCACGUGACCUUGAAUCGCCGGUGUGGCAGACACAUUGGACAUCCACGCUGUUUACCGUCCAGUCCUGAUAGUCCCUGCUCAAUGCUAGCGCAGUGGUCAUAUUCUCUAUGGUGUCGUUUUGGAUCGCUCUGCCCUUGCUUUGUGUGUGUGGAAAUAUUGGUCCUGUCAACUAAUAACUGUUACUUUCACGCAACUUAUGACUGAAACUGCACUUUACAUUUCCCAGACCGGUUCUGUUGGCUUUCUUGCAGACCGAGCUUUCAUCCAGAGCUCAGAAUAUCUCAGCUGCUCGCAUAUGUGGAAAGGGUAUGUGUUUGUGUUUGCUUUUGAGAGGUUUAUGGCUGAUGCAAAUACCUACCUAUGGAUUUCAAAAUGGACUUAACUUGUAGUUAUGGAUGUUUUUUAUGUCUUCAUAUAUUCCAGAAAAUGUUUCUUCCUAUAUACAUUUGUUUCACUUUUAGUGGUUGCACUGAAUGAGUGCAAACAUAUGGAAGCCUCUUUCUGCUUUCUGAGUAAAAAAAAAAAGAAAAAUAGGGAAUUGUGACACUAUUUUCAUAAUGUAACUUUUUUGCUCAAAUUAUUGAGAAGUUCCGAAACUUUUCUAAUAAUUGUGAGUUUAUAUUUCACUUUAUGAGUGACUAUCAAAAAAAAAAAAAAAUCCUAUAUUUAAUAAAAUUUUUCCUAUAUUUAAUAACUGCAGCUUUAUUUAGCAUAAUUGUGUGACAAUAUGACUUCAUUUUAACAAAAAAAAAUGUUUUGUCUUAAAUUGUGACUUUUCACAGUGUGAUUUAUUUCUCACAUAUUGACUAUUCUUGACCAUUAUUUCUUUUAUUUUUUACUCUGAGGCAGAACUGGGCUUCCAUACAUACAUAAAUACACUGUGUCCACCGAAAUAAGGCAGAAAAUAAGCUAAAAAUAUCUGUUGAAAGCUCACAUAAAAAAAUACCAAAGCUCAGAUAAACUCAAGUACUCGCCUACUGUAUUGGCAGAAAAAAAGCAGUUCCAGAUCCAUCGGUUAGAUAAUUUAUGAGCCUGACAGUGAAGCUGUGUUCGAGUUUGAGUUGAAAUCACUCAGCUGUGAAAGACAGAUCAUCUGCUAAGACAAUCACCAGCCAUCUAACUAGAAUAAUGAGUCAGUCCAUCAGAGGCGUCCAUCUAACCAGUGUUCAACAUAAUGACACCCGCAUGGACAUUUCGCACUGUUUUAAUGGCUAGCAUCUUUUGUUGAGGAUUGUAAUUGUUAAUGUUAAAGAGAUAAUGAGUCCGAAAGACACAUCUACUCCUGUGAUCAUUAAAAAAUGAACCGUGAUACCUCA